UUUAAGUGCCACCCUCAUUCUGAGCUCCGCUUCUUGUGCCUAUCCAUCCAUGGUCUGAUAACCAUUUAUCUAUAAAUCUUACCAUGAUUCCUGCACUUCGAUCACUUCGCACGAUCCAAUAUCUACCUUUAGUUCCAUUACCAUUGUCGACUUCUUCAGGUCAGAAGACUUUCAGCAUCAGAUUCCAACGAGCAGAGUAUUCUGUAGAGACCCAACCAGAAAACCAGGAUAACAUGGACAAGACCCAUGAACACCAUGAGAAAACCAAGGGAGCGAUGUCUGAUUCAUUUGGAGAAGGGUAUGCUACUCGGUCUGAUGAAGAAGGGUUUGGAGGGAUUUAUGGAGGGAACCAACAGUUGAAGCCCAAGACUAACAAAGAGGAGGAGACCAGUCAUGAAAAUCAACCAGCAGAGUAUGACAAGACGCAAGGAAGUGAAGUAAGAGAGAAGGAGAAAGGAAGGCAUCAGACCCAUAUUGCAUAAAAGGAAGACUGCGCCAUGAUCUGGACCUGUUUUUUUUCUUGUUUGUUAUAGUAAUUUUGAAGAUGAGCAGAAGUUUUUAGCUUCCUCUCUAAAUUUUGGUUUUUUUGGAGAACUAAGCUUGGGGUUUUUAGAAGCAGAUAAUAAGAUAAUGAGGACUUAUGUGUUCAAAUUAUUAUAUAUUUAAAGUGGGGAUGAUCAGGGUUCCUUGUGCUU